AUGGCUCUUGUCGCCCAAAGCGCAACCUUCAUCCAUCAGUAUCUCUCUUCAUUUCUUCUCUCCAAGCCCCGUAAAUCCCCCCAAGCGCUGAAGCUAGGGAUUCUAUCAUCAGCGCAGAUCAACGCCGUUGCAGUUAUCCAUCCCGUGGAAACACACCCGGAUGUAAUAUUAUACGCUAUUGCAUCUCGCAAUGCUGCGACUGCCGCUCAGGCAGCAAAACAGUACAACAUCACCAAAUCCUACGGGUCGUACCAGGAUCUCUUGGAUGACCCUGCUGUGGAUAUUGUAUACGUGUCAACCCCCAACGGCCAGCAUUAUGAAUGGACUUCCAAGGCCCUGCAGGCUGGAAAGCAUGUGCUGUGUGAGAAGCCGUUCACAUCGAACGCAGAUGAAGCAAAGGGCCUAGUGAGCCUAGCAAAAGAGAAGGGAUUGACUCUUGAAGAAGCAUUCCACUGGCAAUUCCACCCUGCAGCACAUGCAUGGCGGCAUAUCCUAGAGUCCGGCCAGCAUGGAAGAAUCCUGCGGACGAAGGCCGUGAUGACUGCUAGUCCCGGUGUACCAAAGGGAGAUAUCCGAUGGCAGUAUGAUCUAGGUGGUGGCUCCGCCAUGGACAUGACGUAUGCCUUAUCAUUUACUCGUUACGCUCUCCGCGCACGGCACCCUAAAGCCAUCAACUCUGUUACUGUCCGCGUCUCCAGUGAUGAUCCACGCGUCGACGCGGCCAUGUACGCCUAUCUGACCUUCGUCGGACCUCGGGAUACCGAGGUCCAUAGCCAGAUCUAUACCGACAUGGAACGACAGUGGAUUGCCGGCGUUGUGCCACGCUUCUGGGAGUUGCCUUCUAUCGAAGUGGAGACUGAGCGGGCCAUCAUCUUCUUCUACAAUGCGAUGAUGCCACAUCUGUAUCACUACAUCGCUGUCACCGACAAGACAACGGGACAGACGCGUUACCACAAACAAUACAAAGGAGGUCCUUUGUGGGCCAACGUUACGACGACCGGUGGAAAAGGUGGCAGUUCGCAUUGGAGUACUUACCGCUGGCAGCUGGAGGCGUUCGUCGAUGUCGUCAAAGGCAAAACACCCACAUACUGGAUCGCCGGUGAGGAUAGCAUUUGUCAGAUGGAAUGCAUUGAUGCUUUGUAUCAAGCGGCUGGUCUACCACUAUGCGAAAGUCUCCUUGUCGCAUAUAACUUCUUAAAAGCCCGGGGUCCGAAAGACCUAUCCGGUGCUGACCAGGUUGCUGCAAAUAAGAUAUAUGCCUGGGCAAGCGAUGCUGCACUUCCGUCCCCAGUUUAUGCUCAGAUAGAAGAACCAUCGGAUGUAGAACAGAAAGAUGCUAUCUUGGAAGACCAAGUAAGGUCGAAGAUUGCCUUGUCCGUGCUGUCCUUAUUGGCUGAAUCACUCCCAAUAUCCAAAGCCGAGAGUGCGGCAGACGUUGUGAUUGCAUUAGCCAGCUUCUCAUCUACGGAAGAUCCGUGGACACCGCAAGACGCAUUCACAUGUGCCACUACCCUACUGGAUCCUUUCGCUUCAGCAACUGCUACAAACCCAGAAACGAACGCUACCUUCUGGUCCGUAAUCGAAAGGAUCCUCAAGGACAGAAUCAGACCACUCUUCGCAAAGACCAGAAACCCAGCUAUCACCUCCGCAGGACGCAAGAACUUCCACCCGGUCCCAUUACCCCGAUUUGACGCCAGCAUUCUAGACCCAGAAACCAAGCCAUGGAAGAUCCAAGAUAUCUACGCCAUGACCGUCCUCUCCUGGAUAAUCCAGCAAUACAAACCUACCAACCAAACCAAUCUCGAAGCCCACUUCCCCCUGCUCGUCCCCCCAAUCCUAGCCCUAAUCGACGACGACACAACCGCCAUCAAAACACAAGGCUGCGCCCUGCUCAGAAAACUCCUAACCCCCAUCCAAGAAACCCAAUCCCCAAUCCUGCACCGCACAAACCUAACCUCCGUCUUCGAAGACGCCUUAAAACCCUGCCUCCUCUCCCUCCCCACCAUAACCCCCGAACCCGACUCCAUCAGCCUUCUAAAAGAAGCCUACCCAGCCCUGCUCACCCUCCAAAAAACAACCUACACCAACACCCCCUCCUCACAAACCCAAACACAAUCCAACAAACUCGCAACCUACAUAUCCCGUCUCACAACCACCCUCCGCGAAAACCUCAUCCCCUCAUUCCACCACAUAAGCUCCACGAACCCGACGUCUCUAUCACCGGACCUGGCAUCAUUCCCGUAUCCGCGUCUCUCGACGCUGCUUCUGGAGCAGGUGGUGGCUGUCCUGGGAGAGCUGGGGAUCCAUACGACGAAGUUCCUGCGGGAGAUUGUGCCUCUGGUGCAUGAUACGCUGGCGAAUCCGUUUGGAACGGCGUAUCCGCCCUUGCUUUUGGGUGGCGUGGAGGUUGCAAGGGUGGUGGUUUUGAAUGCGCAUCCGCGGGUGUGGAUGUGGCGGGGAGAGAUAUUGGGUGCGGUGUGCGCGUGCUGGCUUCAUGUUUGUGAGGAGGAGAGGGAGAUUGUGGAUCGGGGUAAAAGGGGUGGAUUGUCUGGGAGUGAGGGCGCGGGUAUGGAGAGGAUUAAGAAGGAGUUGAGGGGUGUGGUUUAUUUGCUGAAGUUCGCUUUGCGGCAUUCGAUUCAAGAAGACGGUGGGGAGGAUCAGUUGGAGGCGAAGGAGAAUCUGGAAAAGGAAUUGCAAGAGUUGGUUGAUGCGGAGGAGAGUUUACGUGGUCUUUUGUUGGAGGAGAUUGAUGCUAAUGAUGGGGGCUUUUUUGGGGAGGCGUAG